UUUCAGCAAUGAAAUUUUAAUUAAUGUGGGUGGGCUGAGAACACAGCGACUGUUUAUCAUAGACAAUUUAUUUUCCAGCGCUAAGUCAACAUAUAAUAGCAAACUUACAACAAUUAUUUAACAUUUUUAAAGCCAUGAAGAAGGGACAGAGCCCUGAGCCGCCGGGGAGAGCGGUAGAGCGGGAGGCAGGCGCAGGGCAGGCUCCCCUGGAGGGCCCUCGCGGCGCGGGGCACCGUCCCUAAGCCGCCUGGGUCGCCUGCGACGCCGGAGCGCAGCGCGGGCUCCCGCUCGCCAUGAGCCACCUCUUCGGUCCCCGGCUGCCUGCUCUGGCCGCCUCUCCCAUGCUCUAUCUGUACGGCCCCGAGAGACCCGGGCUGCCUCUGGCCUUCGCCCCCGCGGCCGCUCUGGCGGCCUCGGGCCGGGUGGAGCCCCCGCAGAAGCCGCCCUACAGCUACAUCGCGCUAAUAGCCAUGGCGAUCCAGGACGCGCCCGAGCAGAGGGUCACCCUCAACGGCAUCUACCAGUUCAUCAUGGACCGCUUCCCCUUCUACCAGGAUAACCGACAGGGCUGGCAGAACAGCAUCCGCCACAACCUCUCGCUCAACGACUGCUUCGUCAAGGUGCCCCGCGAGAAGGGACGGCCCGGCAAGGGCAGCUACUGGACGCUGGACCCUCGCUGCCUGGAUAUGUUCGAGAACGGCAACUACCGGCGCCGGAAGAGGAAGCCCAAGCCGGGCCCCGGAGCCCCGGAGGCCAAGCGGGCCCGCGCCGAGCUGCAGGAGCGCGGCGCAGAAGCGCAGCCGGAGGUGGGGAGCGGGGGAGCGCGCCCCCGCCCCGCGACCCCCAUCCACGAGGGAGCGCCUGCGCGCCCCUCGCCCCUCCGGGAAGGCUCCUCUCCUCCGGCGUCCCUCCACUGGCCCAGGCCCGCGUCGCCCUCUGGGGACGCAGGCGACGCGCUCCAGGGCGCAGCGGCCGUGGCCGCCCGCCAGCCCGCGCGCACGGUGGAUGGCUCGCGGUCCCCUCCGCGCCCCGCCUCCCGCAGUUCUCCGAAGAGCUCGGACAAGUCCAAGAGCUUCAGCAUAGACAGCAUCCUGGCGGGACGGCAGGGGCCAAAGCCGGCUGGAGGGGGCGAGCUCCUGGGGGGCGCCAAGCAGGGGCCCGGCGGCUGUCUGGGUGCCUCGCUUCUGGCCACCUCCUCCGGCCUCCGUCCACCUUUCAACGCUUCCCUGAUGCUCGACCCGCACGUCCAGGGCGGCUUUUACCAGCUCGGGAUCCCUUUCCUCUCCUAUUUCCCUCUGCAGCUCCCCGACACGGUGCUUCACUUCCAGUAAAGCACACAGUGCCUGAUCUUUCCCCUGCCCUGGUCUGAGCCUCUCGUGAGCGACCCAGGACCCCCACCGCUGGACAAAGAAGUCGCGUGUUUUUUAAGAAAUGAUUUCCUCCGCCGACUCCUGGGAAGUAUUAGCAACCUCUGCGCAGGGACGGGCGCACUCCCCUGCCUCCUGCGAGGCGGACCUUCCCAGAACCCGGAGCAGCUUCGGAGAUUUUAAAGACGCUGCCCACGCCGGGCCUUGGGCAUCCCAGACCUCCUACCGCGGGAGCAGGAAAAUUCCUUGACCUUAGGUCGGUCCCACUGGCUACCCAGACAGGCCCGGCGUGUCUGGGGAACGGGAGGGCCCAGCCAACCCGAGGGCACAUACACGGCCGCAGUGUGGUCCUUUCUCUCUGAGAGCCACGGUCCGACCGUCGCCAGCUCGGCCGUCACCGUGGCCCCGGGCGGGCCUUGGCUUUGAGCUCGUCGGAGGGAUGGGUGUUCACAGCUAGGUUUGUCCCUGAAGUCCAGGGAGAAUUUUUCCCUUUUCCUUUCUAGAUCGUAAAAGGAACAUGCUAUAUUCUUCGGCUAAAACGCUUGAUUCUUUUUACUGUUAAGGACUGCCCUCUGAAAACAUCUGUAUUAACAACUUCUAUUAAGAAAGUGCACUCUAUAUAAUUUAGCAUUUUGUCGCAUUAUGAUAGCUUGUUAAUCAAUACACAUGUUCUCCAACGCAUGUUACCAGCAACAGCCAUCCUCCUAUCUCUUUGCUUUUUUGUUUAAGGGGUCGAAAGAUUUCUGGAGACACCGGAAGUGUGUCAGGGGGAGGGAAGAUGUCUAAGACAGCGGAAGAUUUUCCAUUUCCAUGUUAUUUUCAAGAUCUAGGCUUGACUGUUGCUACAUUUUCCAGAAUUGUGUAGUGAAGGACUACUUUUAAUCGAAAGAGUUGGGUGAAACAGACACAUGGAAAGCAAGUAGAGGGAGAGAUGGGUUGGUGCCAGGAAGAGUAAGGGAGCCCACUGGCGUCUGCGGAGGCGGCUCCCUGGACCCCAAGGAACAGGAGGCUUUUGGUGGGAGGCUUCCCAGCCGGCUGCAACUGGCUCCUCCCUCUGAGUCCCAACCAGGCAGGCCCAGAGCCUGCAGCUAAAUAAACACCUACGGAGGUGACUGGAAGUCUGGUGCGAGGGGUGGGAGGGAAGGCAGAGGGCCAAGACAAAGAUCUGGUUAUGAAAACUGAGAUCUUCACAGCCCGGUACAGCUUGGAACUUUAGGGAAAUGCAUCUGACCUCUUAUGGUGUCUCUCUUUGGGUUGUUUUGGUGGUUCCCAAACUUGAUUUCCUGAACCUCCAGGUUACUUUAAAUUUAUCUGAUGUGGGAAAAGCACAAUAAGCCGUGAGUUCUUGGAGGGAGGUGGAGACAGUCUCUGAAUUUUAUAGAGCAGUUUCCAGGACAUAUAAAAGUGACCACAAGCUUUACAUCAGGAGAGCCUGUCGGUUAAUAUGUUGGCUAUUUUGGACAGGCAGAAUAGUUUAAUAACUAGUAGGCACAGA